AUGAUUUUUUACUGUAGAAAGCUAUUCAUCAAAGAAGAGCACGUACCAUUUGAGGGAAACGAGAUUCUCUUCGUGGCCAGCAACAAGGGAAAGCCAAAAUUGCUACUCGACGGCUAUCCGUAUCUGCGCAACAAUGGGAAUGCCUUGAAAACGUACUGGAUCUACUUUCACUUGCGGCUGCUGGCCGAGCAGUUGAAGCAGAGCUGGUCCCGGUGUCAGUUCCGGCCGCGGAUCGUGAUGGGGCGCAAGGGUCGGCCGGCGCUAAUGCUGGCCGGGUACUGCUUCACCCGCAACAACAGCAACCUGAACAAAACGUACUGGCUGUGCGCGAAGAGCCGCUCGCUCAAGUGCCGGGCCCGGAUCAUCACCAUCGACGACACCGGUGGCAUGAUUCUGAAGAACCAGCAGCACAAUCAUCCGCCGGUGGGGCCGGAGGAGCAGUUUAGUUCUACAAGGAAGUAUAAGGAGCUGAUUUUCGUUAGCGGACAGCGUGGAACUCCGAAGCUGAUUGUGGACGGUUACUCGUUUAUUAGAAAUAAGGGCAACUUUAAGACGACCUACUGGCGCUGCUCGAAGCUACGGACGCUCGGCUGCAAAGCCAAAGUAGUAACUAAUAAGGACGAUAACAAGGUUUCGAUUACCACUCCCGGCCAUUGCCACAUGCCGGACUAUGAACAAUACACUUGA